AGGAAUAUUCAUUAAAAGGGCAUCGAUCUCUGAGACAUUUUCUACAGAGAGGAGAGAGAGGCAAAAUGGCCAGUUCGGCCCGGGACCACCUACUUUUUGUGCGACGUCGCAACCCCCAACUGCGGUAUACUUUGAGCCCAGAGAACCUGCAGAGUCUGGCAUCUCAGGGCACCAUGGCUGAGAAUAUGAAUUUACAGCGUGCCAACAGUGACACUGAUCUAGUGACCUCUGAUAGCCGCUCCAGUCUGACAGCUAGUAUGUAUGAGUAUACCCUUGGGCACUCUCAGAAUCUCAUUAUCUUCUGGGAUAUUAAAGAAGAAGUGGACCCAACAGAUUGGAUAGGACUUUAUCAUAUAGAUGAGAACUCUCCAGCUAAUUUCUGGGAUUCCAAGAACCGGGGAGUGACUGGCACACAAAAAGGGCAAAUUGUAUGGCGAAUUGAACCUGGCCCUUAUUUUAUGGAACCUGAAAUAAAGAUUUGUUUUAAAUACUACCAUGGCAUUAGUGGAGCCCUCCGAGCUACUACCCCAUGUAUCACUGUGAAAAAUCCUGCUGUGAUGAUGGGGAUGGAAGGCACAGAGGAAGGUGCUUCUGGUCAGCAUUCUCGGAAAUUAGUCAGCUUUACACUUUCAGAUAUUAGGGCAGUUGGGCUAAAAAAGGGGAUGUUCUUCAACCCUGAUCCUUACCUAAAGAUGUCGAUUCAACCAGGGAAGAAAAGUACAUUCCCUACGUUUGCCCAUCAUGGUCAGGAAAGACGGUCUACUAUCAUCAGUAACACAACUAAUCCUGUUUGGCACAGAGAGAAAUAUUCUUUUGUUGCACUUCUAACAGAUGUCUUGGAGAUUGAAAUUAAAGACAAAUUUGCCAAGAGUCGUCCUAUCAUCAAGCGCUUUCUUGGGAAGUUAACCAUCCCAGUCCAGAGGCUAUUGGAGAGACAUGCAAUAGGAGACCAAAUUCUCAGCUACAAUCUUGGCAGAAGGCUCCCAGCUGACCAUGUAAGUGGGUAUCUGCAGUUCAAAGUGGAGAUUACAUCUUCCAUUCAUGAAGAUGCUUCACCAGAAGCAGUUGGUACUUUGCUAGGAGUGAAUUCCGUAAAUGGAGAUUUGGGAAGCCCCUCUGAUGAUGAGGACAUGCCAGCCGGACAUCAUGACACACAUCCAGUUUGUUCAAAUGGUUCAGUUCUUGAGGAAUCUUCUGGAGAGGCAAUACCAAAGCAUCAUUUCAGGACUAGUACGGCUCUAGAAACAGACCAGGAGGAAUUAACUUCUUCUACUUCAAGGUCAUCACCUAUCAGAGGUCGCCAGGACUCACUGAAUGACUAUCUGGAUGCAAUAGAACACAGCAGUCAUCCGAGACCUGGAACAUCUGGUGGCAGUGAGCGUUCACUUGGGGCCUCCCCAAAACUAAGAAGUAGCUUUCCCACUGACACAAGACUUAAUGCUAUGCUCCACAUUGAUUCAGAUGAAGAGGAGCAUGAGUUGCAUCAAGAUAUGGGUUUUCAGUCUUCCUUGGAAGAAGAAGGUGGUUUAGUGAUGCUUAAUGGUGCUACAAGGAAUGUUGAAGAACAUUGUUCAAGUCACUCAUCAAAUCAGGUAAUGCGGGGUUCAGCAGACAAUGGAAAAGUUUUAUCUUUUGAAACUCCUUUGCAGCCAUCUGAUGACCAGCAAGAGACUCUCCAAAGGCUUCCACCAUCAGAUGUGGCAAUUGAAGGUGAAAACCAGCAAGACUCUCAAAAUGAAGUGCCAGUAGACCAGGCUGGCAUUGAAUUGUGUGCCUGUCAGGAGGCAGAACAGCCUACUAGCAGUGCUGAUACAGGAGCUAUUGACUCUGCUGUUGGUAGUAGAAGAGGUAUUAGUGAAACAGAAUCUAUUGACCAAGGGUCUGAACCUUCCCAGGUGUCAUCAGAAACUGAGCACAGUGACCCUGCUCGCACAGAGAGUGUUAGUGAGGCUAGUACUAGGCCAGAAGGGGAGAGUGAUGUUGAAGGAGCAGACAGCUCUUGUAAUGAAAGUGUGACCACACGGCUGUCAUCAGUUGAAACACGAUGUUCAUCUUUUGAAAGUGCCAGGUUUCCUGAGACUCCUGCCUUUUCAUCUCAGGAAGAGGAGGAGGGUGCUUGUGCCACUCAUGUGGCUAGAAGUGAGCCUGCUGCAGAAACACAGGAGACUAUGCGCUGUCCUGGCUCUUUACCUGUAGUGAGAUUACCAAGCACUCAAGAGGAGGGGCAGCUGGCUGAAGGAGGUAGUUUACAGGAUGGAGAGGAAGCAGAAGAGAUUUGGCAAAGAAGGAGGAGCCUGCAGGCUGCUGCUGCUGCUGCUGCUGUAAGCAGCCAGUCCCAGGAUGAAGAAACUGGAGAUGCUCAGGAAGCUUGUGAGGGAGCAGCUGCACCAAUUGAAGGAGCUACUGGAGGUUCUCAAGCAAAUGGCCACCAAGCUUUGAGGUCACUACCUUCGGUGCGUCAAGAUGUCAGCCGAUAUCAAAGAGUGGAUGAGGCUCUACCACCAAAUUGGGAGGCUCGGAUCGACAGCCAUGGAAGGAUAUUCUAUGUGGACCAUGUAAACAGAACUACAACAUGGCAGCGACCCACAGCUCCCCCUGCCCCACAAAUCCUCCAGAGGUCAAACUCUAUUCAGCAAAUGGAGCAGCUGAAUUCUAGGUAUCAGAGUAUCCGACGAACAAUGACUAAUGACAGGCCUGAAGAGCACACAAACACUGUUGAUGGAGCUGGAGAGGAAACUGACCUCCACCCUUCUAAUGCAGAUUUUCGAAGGGAGAAUGUGCUGCCUCACUCUACCUCCAGGUCCAGGCUUACUUUGUUGCUACAGUCUCCUCCUGUGAAAUUUCUUAUCAGUCCAGAAUUCUUUCCAGUGCUGCAUUCUAACCCUAGUGCCUACCGCAUGUUUACAAACAACACGUGUUUAAAGCACAUGAUCACCAAAGUCCGGCGGGACACCCACCAUUUUGAGCGCUACCAGCAUAAUCGUGAUCUGGUGGGCUUCCUUAAUAUGUUUGCUAACAAACAGCUGGAGCUGCCAAGAGGCUGGGAAAUGAAACAUGACCAUCAGGGCAAGGCUUUUUUUGUUGACCACAAUUCUCGCACCACCACAUUCAUCGAUCCCCGGCUUCCCUUGCAGAGUAGCAGGCCCACUAGUGCAUUAGUUCAUCGGCAGCAUUUAACCAGACAGCGCAGCCAUAGUGCGGGUGAGGUAGGAGAGGACUCCCGUCAUUCAGGACCACCAGUUUUACCAAGACCAUCAAGCACAUUUAAUACAGUCAGUAGAGCGCAGUAUCAGGACAUUGUUCCAGUGGCCUAUAAUGACAAGAUUGUUGCAUUCCUGCGACAGCCCAAUAUCUUUGAAAUUCUACAGGAGCGUCAGCCAGAUCUCACCAGGAAUCAUUCACUCAGGGAGAAGAUUCAGUUUAUUCGAACAGAGGGAACCCCAGGGCUGGUGCGUCUAUCCAGUGAUGCAGACCUUGUCAUGUUACUGAGUUUGUUUGAAGAAGAGAUAAUGUCAUAUGUGCCGCCACAUGCCUUACUUCAUCCCAGUUAUUGCCAGUCCCCAAGAGGCUCCCCAGUGUCCUCACCUCAGAACUCUCCAGGUACUCAGCGUGCCAAUGCCCGAGCUCCAGCUCCUUAUAAAAGAGAUUUUGAAGCCAAGCUGAGGAACUUCUACAGGAAGCUAGAGACUAAAGGAUAUGGACAAGGCCCAGGGAAACUAAAGUUAAUCAUCAGAAGAGACCACUUGCUGGAAGAUGCUUUUAACCAGAUUAUGGGUUACUCAAGAAAAGACCUACAGAGAAAUAAACUCUAUGUCACGUUUGUUGGGGAGGAAGGGUUGGAUUACAGUGGACCUUCAAGAGAAUUUUUCUUUCUGGUGUCCAGAGAACUAUUCAAUCCAUAUUAUGGUUUAUUUGAAUAUUCAGCCAAUGAUACCUACACAGUUCAAAUUAGUCCCAUGUCUGCUUUUGUGGACAAUCACCAUGAGUGGUUCAGGUUUAGUGGUCGAAUCCUUGGUCUUGCUCUGAUACAUCAAUAUCUGCUAGAUGCCUUCUUUACCCGGCCCUUUUAUAAAGCCCUCCUCCGAAUACUAUGUGACCUGAGUGACUUGGAAUACCUUGAUGAGGAGUUCCACCAGAGUUUGCAGUGGAUGAAAGACAACGAUAUACAUGAUAUCCUAGAUCUCACAUUCACUGUAAAUGAAGAAGUUUUUGGGCAGAUCACUGAACGGGAAUUAAAGCCAGGAGGUGCCAACAUCCCAGUCACAGAGAAAAACAAAAAAGAAUACAUAGAGAGAAUGGUGAAAUGGAGAAUUGAGAGAGGGGUUGUGCAGCAAACAGAAAGUCUAGUUCGUGGUUUCUAUGAGGUGGUUGAUGCUCGACUUGUGUCUGUAUUUGAUGCAAGAGAACUGGAACUGGUUAUUGCUGGCACAGCAGAAAUUGACUUAAGUGACUGGAGAAAUAACACAGAGUAUAGAGGAGGUUACCAUGACAAUCAUAUUGUAAUUCGCUGGUUCUGGGCUGCUGUAGAAAGAUUCAACAAUGAACAAAGACUAAGGCUGUUACAGUUUGUUACAGGCACCUCCAGCAUACCUUAUGAAGGCUUUGCCUCUCUGAGAGGGAGCAAUGGGCCAAGAAGAUUCUGUGUAGAAAAAUGGGGGAAAAUCACUGCUCUUCCAAGGGCUCAUACUUGUUUCAAUCGUCUUGAUCUUCCCCCUUACCCAUCCUUCUCCAUGCUGUAUGAGAAACUGUUGACAGCAGUUGAAGAGACAAGUACUUUUGGACUUGAGUGAUGAGCAAACCAUAGUGCCCAGCUUCUCGGACCUUUGUGGAUCUGGCCUCUCAAAGAAUGAAUGAACGUUUUUAUUUGAUUUCCUAGAGGAAAAUUGUUUUACAAUGCAGUUCAAGUAAUGAGAUCCUAUGAAUGGGCUUACGAAGCAAUUUACAAGCAUUGUGACAGUGGCAGAGUAUUCAGCAGUAAGAUUGGAGCAUGCCUGGUGUGCAGGGAGAACCUACAGUCUUGCAAUCAACAGUUUUUUCUUGACUGCCAAACUUUUUACAUUUAUGUUUCAAGCAAAAGUUGUAUCCACAUAUGAUCAAUAAUGCGGUUACUGCAAGAACUGACAAAAUUUAUUUAAACUGAAUUUCACCAAAGUCCUUGAAGGUAAAGUUCAAGUCAAAAUGUGAAAUCGUUCAGCCCACCACUAAAUUAGCUAAGUCAAACAAUAGAAUUCUUUUUUAAAAGAUUCCUAGAGGUACAUUACUUUAUGCCCUAUACUAUAAUAGAAUAUCCAUUACUUGCUAUACCUAAGAGUAUGACUGCCUGCAUGGUGUGCACCAUAGAUGUCAGCUUUCUGGGGCAAAUGCAAAUUUGAAGAAAUGUCAGCAACAAGCGAUGUCUCAACAAUGGCUUGCAAUCAGGAGGUUUGUGAAAACGUAUAUGCAAGUGGCGUGUAUAUGGCAAAAGAUGAGCUCUCAUAAAAUGAACUUAAAAAUGACUGAUUUUACGCUUCGUACUGCAUGGAAACUGUUUUUAAAAAACUUGGCAAUUUAUCACAGCAUAUCAGGAAAAAAACACUUACACAGUGACUUCUGUUUAUUUUUAUAGGUUCAUUAUAUUAAGUUCCUUAGAGUGUAAAUAGGAAACUAGCAAACUAUUUCUGUUCCUUUCACUUUCCAUGCUUAAAACAGACAUUGUGCUGGUGUUUAUUCUUUAUGCACUCUCAAGGAAAAAAUGCCUUUUAUUUUUAUAAGGGUAAGAAAUUCCCAAAAAUAUUUUGCACUGAAUGUACCAAAGUUGAAGGGACAUUAUGAUCUGACUGACAGAAAACUGCAUCAUUCUUACAAGUAUCUAGAAAACAGCUUCUUAAGAACCGAGCUUCUUCACAGUGCCAUGUCUGUAGAUAUCAGGACUGUGCACAUAAGUAAUAAUUUUGUAAGACUCGCUGUAUGUGGUAUUUUAAUAUGCAUUUGUUUUAAAUGCAUUUGAUUCAUUUUGCAUCCAUCAGGUAAACUUAAAGGUAUGGAGUUUAAUACAGAUGUUUCAUAUUUUCCCUGCAACUUUUAUUUGUACAGCACCAUAAAACACUAUAGCUUAUUUGGAAAAUCAUGGGCAACACUUCCAGAUUACACCUCUAAUCGUAAUGAAACCACUCUCCCUUAUCAGUGACCACCUCCAAGAUGUAAAAUGUUCGUAGUGUCUUUCUAAACCUGCAUUUUCACUGAUAAGUAUUUUUCUUAUUGAUGUUAAUUAAAAAAGAAUACUUUUGUAUGGUAUAUCAAAAGAUGCAUGAAUACACCAAUUUAAUUAUGUUAAGUUUGCCACAGUGUAUAAGGCUCAUUUACAUCCAUUCCUCACAAGGACCUUUCAUCUGACAGGCCUCUUAGUGUAGUUGUGUCUUUGCAUUAGUUCUUGUACAGUCAUUUAUCAUAUUUCAAAACUUUUGAUAAUGAGUGGAAUAUCGGAUAGUGGAUGACCAGAACAUGCAUAGAUCUUGCCAUGUAAUUCUAUGGCAUUGAGUCUUUGCAAAGUCUUGCUUUGUAAGAGAACUAGGUUUGGGGGUAACUUCAAGAUUUCCACUCUGGGAACUCUUUGAGUGGGGGCCUCUGAUUGAUGACGUGCUUUUUUUCUAUACUUACUCCUGUGGGAGUUCCCACACACUCAGGUGAAUAUUGGGAUGGCAAUAAAGAUCCCUUCAGCAAACUCUGCUUUUCCACCCUGACAAUGAGGAGGUAGGUGCUGUUGUGGUAGUCACAGCAGAGGGCUGAGGAAUUCUGAGCCCCUCCAGAAUGACAGAGGAAAUAAGACCUGUGCUCAGACAGUGAAAGAAGUCCCACUCUCAAAAACAGAAUAAAAAUAUCUUUUGACUUUAGAACUGAAUGGAUUCCUGCUUAGCAUAGUGACAUCAGGGGCUUAUACAGGUAAACACAGAUUACAUUACUCUUGGCAAGUACCAAGGAGCAAAGAAAAGUCCAAGUGUUCUACUAUAUUUUUACACACAAUUAAUCAGUCUUUGCUAAGGUAUCUUAUUACAGGCCCAUGGCUUGUUAAUGCAUAUGUUUUAUCACCAAACCUGAUAAACAGAAGACUAAUUCACCUUUUCAGCUGGUCAUUCAAGCCUGGCACGUAUUUCACGUGAUAAAUUCAUUGCCUAAAACUCCAGUUGCUUACAGCCAAAAAAAAUCCCAACUGCUUGACUAAGAGCUGCAGAAUUUGCCUAUUUUAAUAUUACAGUAUCUAUCACCGAAAUAUGAGGGAUAAUAUAUUUUACAAGCAUCUAUCCAGAAACUCAUUGACAGUACUAUUUGGCACAAACUAAAUUUCAAUUAAGUUAUUCUUGUAUACAGACCAAAAUAACAAAUGCAUUUGUCAGCUUUUAUUUAAAAAAAAGAGAUUUACUACUAAAUUUGUUUUGUAUUCUGCCCUUUUCAGGAGUAAAAGCUCUGGAAAAAUCACCAAGAAUGGCAAAUCUUAGCAGUCCCUAGGUUUUGGCUUUUUUUUUUGCCAGAACCAGGAAGUGAGCUAAAGGGCUGAGAGAAAUUCUACUCCCUCCUCCUGUUUUGCCCUGCCCAUACAGUGCUGGACUCUAGGGAAAUCUGUUGAAGGUGGUGAGGAGCUGGUUGCCUUCAUGCUGCAGUCCCCACAGCUCAGUGAUCAGCCAACUCCUUGCUAUAUUUAAGAAAAGCUUCCCUGAAUAAAUGAGUGAAAGAUAGAAAGCUUAGAGGAGAAAGGCUUAACACACCCAAACACUCACAGCUCUAGCCAACGGUACUCAUCCACCAGCCUUAGCACCCGUUCCUCUUCAACACUCCACCCAGAAAAAGGCAACUCUGCCGUUCUGCAAAUUGUACUGUUUAACUCUUGAAAAAAAAAAAAAAGCCUAGAAUGGGGGUCCAGGAUAAAGAGAAUAUGAAAAGCCACAUUUUAAAACACUUGUAUCACUUUGGAGGAUUACUAACUGGCUGCUGACAAGCUUUCCUUUUGGGGAGAAAACAGUCUCUUAGAACUAGGUAAUGGAUUCUGUUCAGAAAUGGUGUAAUGUUGAUGUGUCCUCAUAAUAAUUAACUAUGAUGGAUCCUUAUAGUAAUUAACUUGAAGUGUCUACCUGUCCUGCUCUGCCAGCACUAAAUGGCAGAUAGUGCCUUGUCAGGGCACUUACAUCAUGCAGACUUUAGGGGCAAGGCUCCCUUCCCUGGCAGACGCUCUGGGGACGAUGUUUCUACUCUUCUGAGGCACAACUUAAAGGAGGGAUGUAAUUUGCAACUUCUCUGCCACUGAAGAUGAAUGUAGCUAUCAUCUCUGCUAACUAAAACUUGUGAUUAAUGAGUAUAUGCCAACCAUCAGAGACAGAGAUGUCUGUUAUACCUUAUACUGUAGCAUGUAGCUUCUCAUUCAAGGCAUGCAUACCAGAACCACUUACUUUAUCAUAAUAGUUUUCUCAACCAUUUAAACCAUGAGACAUCCUUCUAAAGAAACGCCUUCAGCAGCAGACUGUGGUAUCCCUUAGUUUAUUAAUUAAUUCUUUCAGCCCAGAUUCAAUAUCUAUAUAACAGAAAUUCUGCUUUAGGUCUGCAAAGUAAAGGUUUUCCUCCAUUAGUGUUAAAAUUCCACUCCUUCCCUUCACUUAACAAUAUUCCUCUUGCAUUUUUUAAAAACAUUUUUCAUUAUAUAUGUUGUAGGCCAAGACAAACCAGAAAGCUACUGCUUAUGGUCAGAUACAGAGGGCAUCUAAGGUGAAAUCCAUUCCAGCACCAUGUAAACUUCACAGUGUAAAUUCCAGGUCAGACAACAUAUGCUGAAUAUAUGUAAACUUAAGAAGAAGCUGAAAAUCCAAGCAGUAGCAUUCUGGCAGAUCAUCUGAAAGAAAGUUUCUGGCAUGAUAUAAGCUGACUAAGAACAGCAGACUGGUGGUUUGCUUGUUUUUAAAUUAUAGGAAUAAAAACAGUUGUGUGACUUCCUGUGCAUUUUUAGACCUUCCCAAAGUCAACCCCCUUUCCCCUGACUGAAAAAAAGACAACCCACACUUCAUUUUAAAUGUUAGGAAUUGUAUCAUCUGGUUGCUAAAUGUAAUCUCUGCAAUAUUAACUGCAGACGCUCACUGAGUUUCUGCGGUGUUAACUACAGAUGUUCAUGGAGAUUUUCACAGAGGCAGUACUGCAGCAGAGAGAAUUUUGUGAACAAGAGGUAUAGUAGCUGUGCUUGAAUAGUCUUUGUCUUUUCAUUUUCCAAAACACAAUGCAAAGCAGUUUGAAUUUCAUUUAAAGGUUUAAAGCUUGUUUGUAUUGAAUUACAUUAGUAUAGUUGAGUGUGCUCAUUUUGCCAUUAAUUUUGAGGAAAGAUGAUGAAUUUGUUUCCAUUAACACUACUGGGAAUUAAGCAUUAAGUAGUUCUAUCACUGAAGUGAUAACUUCAGCCUUCAGGUUACCCUUAGAGGUUAGUAUCUGUUUUAAGAUGCCUCUCUCCCUAGUAGAUUUCUGUCCCUUCUCCUCCACUUUCUGAUCCCAAGCAAAAUUUUCAAAAUAAUUAAUCAAACCCAAUAUUUAAUUUUUUCUCCUUGAGCUGUUAACUGAUGAUGGCACCAUUACCCAGUCCAGUGGCAAAUUUUUUUAGUGCUGACUGACUUACAAAUAAAAGGCCUCUAAAUUUGUAGCUAAGCAACUAACCUUUUGGUAAAAUACAUUUAGCAUCAAACAGAAACUAGAAAAUCUGCUUUGAUAUGGCUCUUGCCUUCUUGAAAAAUACAUAGUACUAUAUAGGCAUUUUAACAAAAAAAAAUACUUAUCUGAAUGACACUGUCCAGUUAAGAACACUUUUUCUUUAAAAAAAAAAAACCCACCUUUUUUCUCAGUAAUACUGUUAGAUUAUUAAAACUGAACAUGCUAAAAUUAAAUAUACUUUACACAUAAUUUGUAGUUUAAAUUUCAACUUGGACAAUGCAAAAAGAUCAUAACAAUUCAAAAAGAUUAAAGUUUCCUGUUCUGUCUGGUCAAUUUUACUUCCUGCUACUAUCUUACUGCCAUUUUAAAAUAGUUUUCUGAAACCAUUUUUAGUAUUCUUUUUAAAACAAUUUUAUCAACAAUUAAUUUUUGGAUCCAAACUGUUUAGCAAUUUCCCUUUAAUUAAUCAGGGAACAUAUCUUACACAUUUAGUCAAGUGAGAGUAUCCCAUUGGUAUUUUAAGACUAACUUGUUACUAACUUUUGUUGAGCGCUCCAGUGGUAUAAUGAAAACCCUUUAGCUUUACUCAAGAAAACUCCUCAUGGCUGCAAGUAAAAGAUGGCAACAUAUUAAAAGGACUCCUUCAGCACUGUUGUAUUAUCUGCACGUAUUUAAAAUGUCAUGCAAAACUUUUUGGAAUUAUUUGGAAAAAAUAACUGUGUUCUUGAAAUAGCUCCUUUUAAAUUAAUAAUUGGCAGUUUUAACUUACUUAUUUCCACGCCAAGGGUAAUGAAAUCACACCAUAGAUUGUCCAGUGCAAAAUAUUCUAGGAAGUUGUUUGAAAUUAUAGUGACUGCAACAUGCAUCCAAGCUGUGUUUCUUUCAAUUACUCACCCCAUUUAAAACAACUGAAAAAUGGAAGUGAUGCUUCAUUCUUCUCUAGAGGAUGGUUUCUUUCUCAAUACAGUCAGGAACUUCACAUUCAACCAUGUCUAGAAAAUCCUUAUUGCCAUGAAGUCUCUCACUUCCCCACAAGUAAGUAGGAGUCAUAUUAAGUCAUUAUUUAGCAGAGUGCUGACAUCAAUGGCAACCUCAGUUUUAAAAUCUGUGAAACUACUUCCUUAUUUGGGGUUGCUUUCUCUAUCUUAGUGGCACAUCAUCUGCAUGAUUGCCCCAUCCAGUCAGCAAAUGAGAGCAACUGAUCAUCCAUAAUAAUGGCAAAGUCAGAAUGGAGGGAGUAAAAUAACAUUUGUAGAUAUAUAUAUCAUAGAUAUAGUUGGUAUGUAUUUUUCCCCACUUCCAUCCACUGCGAUCAAGGCUUUUGGCUCACCAGGACAUUUUAACACUAAUCCAGAAAUUGCUGAGAGAGGUGUGCUCUCUUAUUUUUUGACUGGAGUAUAAUCGAUUCCUGAUGCACUCCACUGAAUCAGCUAUUAAGCAUCGGGAAAAUGAUAGUUUCUGUAGUGCAUUAUGUUAGGAUUGUACCAUGCAAUCCAGCUCUAAGGAGCUGGCGGGUACAAUAUAGAAAUGUUGCCUGAGACAUUGCAGUCUCUUGUACUGUUGUCUACAACUAAUGUCCUGGCUUGCCUGAAACUAAAACUAGUUAAUUCUUAAAAAGAACAAGAAGUAGAAGCUACUUAAGCCUUUUAAAUCAUGCUAGCUCAAAAAUGUAAUUGUAGCAGUUGAGCAGCUGUUACAAUACAAAAUGGUAGUCACUUACAGUGGGUAGGUCCUGAAAAAUAAAAUUGGAGUAUGCCCUUAAUAAUGUAAUGGCGGUCAUGGAAUAACGUACUGGAGUGAAAGUAGAGUUGAAAGAGCAGAGACAGAAAAUGGUGUAAGAGAGAAGCUGUUUUGACCUUUGUGAAUCGCACAUUGAAGAGCAUGCUGUGCAGUGUAUAAGCAGUUGCUGACAGAAAAAGGGAAGACUACUGUCAAGUGAGGCCUUGGGAAGCCAUCUCAAAGAAUGCACUUGAUGAAAAAGUACCACACAUCUAGGUUAGCUGCAGUAUAAAAUAAUUUUAGCCAAGAAGUAUUAAAUCUUUAUAAUCUAACCUGAGGGAUCAUUAGGCUUAAUCUGUUGUUUAUUGAACUAUCAUUGGGAUAAUGGAGCCUUGUAAAUAAAGGAAAGGUUGUUCUGGUGCUGAAAAGUUAUUUUAUUUUAUAAGUAAUUCAUGUUAUGCUCAUUACUGAAUAUGUUGGUAAGCGAAACUGUAUCUGAUAAGAAGCUAUUUAAACUAUCGUUCCUGAUGGUAACUUUCAUUUGAGAAAUCAUGGGCUGAAUCCUGAAACCUAACUUAGUUUUUAAUCAGUCUUUAGCUGAUGGAUUGAUUGAGUAGUUGAUUUUGUGCUUUGCUUCUACAAGAACCAUGAAAUUUUACAGAAAACUUUCUGCUAACCUGGGCCUCCUGCAAAGUUUCUUUUCAGGAGGGUGAUACUAAAUUAAUGAUGGUAUUUCUGUCAUCUUCAGUGAGCUUUGAAUCAGAUUCAGCAAUAUGGAUCCUGACUGGCACUCCACUGACAACAGUGGGACGUAUCCUGAGUAAGGACUUGAGAAGGAUUUAAGGAUUUAGCUCAUUGUCAUCUAAAUAAAACCAGUAGACAAAGCUUGACUAUAGUAGGGGGUUUUUUUUAUUAUUUAAAAAAAAAAAAAAAAAAAGGACUCCUUGCAAGUUGCCCUCUUCAACAAGCUAAUUAAGCUGGUCAGAGUUUCACUAAUUGGAAAAAGGACUGUAUGAUUGAUUGUCGUGUUUCAGCAGUUCCAUGCAGCAGGACAUCAUUAUGCACUGAGCCUCUAACACUCAGGAAACUGCAGUUUUUUGUCAGCAUUGCAGAUGGGAACUGAGAAACAAUUAAGGUAUUGUAAAUUAAGUACAUGAAUCAUCUUAAGAGCAUUUUUUUGGUAUUCUGUUUCUCCCUGGAUUGGAAUGACAGCCUCACAGGCAUCCUUGAGCCUGGAUCAGCGGUUGCUGAGUUGUAUGUAUGGAGGCCUUCAGUUUAGGUGGCUGAACAUUGCCACCUGCAACAAAUGGUCUGGGGAGAAGAGGAAAUUAUAGUAUCAGAAAGUGCUGUGAGGAACCCUGGAACCCCACGGUGUUCAAUUAACUUGUCCUUUCUAGGCUCAAACGAGCACAGUUUUGGUUGUUAGCAGUCUCUCUGAAAGCACACAGGCUUACAAGAUUUUAUAAUGGGGAUGCAGGCAUCCAGAAUCAAGCAGGUAUAUAGGUGCAUCUCCCUCACUUUUGAUGAAGUGUUACUUGAUAUAAUUUUAUACCAGUUCUUUGUUUUUAAAAGAUUUCCGGCACUGUAAAAACAAUAGAGUGCAUAUUUAUUUCUAAAUUUUAAGUAGAGCAUGUGAUGUAUUUUUUAAGCCUUUCCAUACUUUUUGUUGUGUUCACAAAACUAUAUCAAAUGCAAUACCAAUUUUUUCUACCUUUCUACAAGCUACAUUAAGUUUAAUCUGAAUUUAGCAUGUCUUACACAGAAAAAAUGAGGAUAAACGUGCUUCAAGCAUUAGAAUGAUGCAUAUCUUUUUCUCUAUUUUGCAUUGUAUCACUUGUAUUUCAUUCUCCUUUUAGAGUCAAAGAGAGCAGAUAAUGAAAUGUACUCUGUAUUACAUGAUUGGCACUUCAUAGUGCUUCUGUUUGAGGAAUGUACUAUAAUGUUGAACUCGCAGAACUGCAUAAUUAUCUUCUCAGUUGGAUACCUGACGUGUUGUUUUUCCUAUUAUUCAUGAAAUGCAUUGAAGGAAAGAUUUACUGUGUACAAUUUUAUUUUAUUUUCAUACUGAUCUCUAUUUUAUUUAAAGUCAUGUUUCAUCAUGAAAUCACUUAAUCUGAA